AAUCUCGAAAAAAAAACUUUUUUUUUGGGGUCCAAAAUCGCAUUCACAUAACCAAUUCCAAAAGGGGAAAAAAGCUGUGGAACGUGAAAGAAUGUCGUCUCUAUGUGUUUUCGCCUUUACUGUUAUUCUGAUCCUCUUACCGGCUGCUAGGGUUUCCGGUAAAGUCCCGGCCAUUAUCGUGUUCGGGGAUUCCUCGGUCGAUGCCGGAAACAACAACUAUAUCCCUACGAUCGCUAGAAGCAACUUCGAGCCGUACGGCAGGGAUUUCGAAGGCGGAAAACCUACCGGCAGAUUCUGCAACGGCAGGAUUGCUACUGAUUAUAUCUCUCAAGCCUUCGGUCUUAAGUCUACGGUUCCUGCUUAUUUGGACCCUUCUUAUAACAUUUCGGAUUUCGCCACCGGCGUCACGUUUGCUUCUGCUGCCACCGGUUACGACAACGCCACUUCCGACGUUUUGUCGGUACUUCCGUUGUGGAAACAGCUGGAGUACUACAAAGAAUACCAAAGGAAACUGAGUUCAUACCAAGGAACAUCCAAAGCCAAAGACACGAUCUCGAACUCACUCCACAUCAUAAGCAUCGGAACCAACGAUUUCGUCGAGAAUUACUACGCGUUCCCGAGCCGUUCUUCGCAGUAUCCGAUAGGCCUGUACGAGGAUUUCCUCGCGGGGAUCGCGAGGGACUUCGUGAAGAAGUUGUACGGACUCGGGGCGAGGAAGAUAUCGCUCGGAGGGUUGCCGCCGAUGGGAUGCAUGCCGCUGGAGAGGACGACCAAUUUCGCCGGAGCCGGAGAAUGUGUAGGAAGGUACAACGAGGUGGCCGUAGAGUUCAACGGAAAGCUGGAGAAGCUUGUCGGAAGACUGAACAAGGAGCUUGACGACGUUAAGGUGGUCUUCUCUAAUCCCUACGACAAUUUCAUGCGAAUCAUCAAGAACCCUACGUCGUACGGGUUUGAGGUGGUGGCGUCAGCAUGCUGUGCGACGGGAAUGUUCGAGAUGGGAUACGCAUGCCAGCGUGGAAACCCAUUCACAUGCAGCAACGCCGACAGGUACGUCUUCUGGGAUUCCUUCCAUCCCACGCAAAAGACUCACAAGAUCCUCGCUGAUCUCGCCGUCAAGUCCGUCUUCUCCCAAUUCCUCCCCUGAUCUCUUUAUUUAUUAUUUAUAUAUAUACAUACAUAUAUAUAUAUAUAUAUAUAUAUAUGUGUGUGUGUGUGUAUGUGCGCGUUUGCUUUUUGUCCACAAUGUACGAUGCCUAAGAUUCAUAUGUUUUGUGUGAUGAGGUUUUCGAAUAAGUGAUAUGGUAUCAUGUGUGUGUCCA